CGAAAAGCAUAACUGUUUGACUUUGACCUGAUAUCUCAUCUCAUUCGAGAAAAACUUACUGUUAUGUCCUUGAUAAUCGUCUUAGUUACUUUUUCACAGCAAUGUCUUCUUCUAACGAAGAUACAGAAAUUAAAGCAACCAUUCUAGGGAGAGAUUUAGGUUCCAUCCCUUGUUUCCGUAGUUCGUUUCUUAAUGGAAUUGGUGGUGGAAUCGGCACUGGAUUGGCAUUCUUUUUGUUCACAAGUAAAGUAAGACGUUCAUGUAACACAGCAGUUCUUUCAUUUGCUGGAAUCACCCUCUCGUACUGGGUCUAUUGCAGAUACAGAUGGUCACAGAAAAAAUUCAACAUGACCAUGCUCCAAACAGCCAUGAAAGAGCAUGGCAGGGAAGGCACUGAAAAUGAUCUCCAGGUUCCAAGGAAACCAGAAGAAAAAAGCUGAACCUUGAUCACAAUGUGUGCAUUAAUACCGACUGCUACUAAAUGAAUGUUUGUUAGUUUAUUGAUGUAAUAAAUUCAGGAAAUUCAAGUCUAGCUAAUCAGUCUGAAAAUUA